GGGGCGGGCUGUGAGCGUGAAGAAUUACCCAAUCAUCGCGCCGGAUACUGGAUUUGUCGGAAUACAGGUGGGAAGCAUAUCGCUUCUAAAACUCCUUCAUAAGUGAAUGCAUUACGGUUGCGCUGUUCUGGUCCAGAAGGCCAAAUAGCGUCAAGCGUCAUGUUGCGUUUGCCAGCAGUUGGUCGGGCCCUGGCCGGGGCAGCCCACUCUAAAGGGAACCUCACCACCUCUAGCAAUGUAAGAACAUCAAUCCGGGCCUCGAGUAACAUGGUUGAGGUGUUUGUAGAUGGCAAGCCUGUGAUGGUGGAACCCGGGACGACUGUACUUCAGGCCUGUGAGAAAGUUGGAGUGCAGAUUCCUCGUUUCUGCUACCAUGAGCGUCUGUCUGUGGCAGGAAACUGCCGAAUGUGUCUGGUGGAGAUCGAACGAGCUCCAAAGCCGGUUGCUGCGUGUGCUAUGCCUGUCAUGAAAGGCUGGAACAUACUGACGGACUCUGAAAAGACACGAAAGGCCAGAGAGGGCGUCAUGGAGUUCCUUCUUGCCAAUCACCCACUUGACUGUCCUAUCUGUGACCAAGGAGGAGAAUGUGACUUGCAGGAUCAGUCAAUGAUGUUUGGUUCGGACCGAAGUCGAUUCACAGAGGGGAAGAGAGCAGUGGAGGACAAAAAUAUUGGCCCUCUCAUCAAAACAAUCAUGACACGCUGCAUUCAAUGCACACGCUGUGUGCGCUUCGCUAGUGAGAUCGCUGGUGUGGAGGAUCUGGGCACCACAGGACGUGGCAACGACAUGCAAAUUGGCACUUAUGUAGAGAAAAUGUUCAUGUCGGAGCUGUCCGGGAAUGUGAUCGAUGUGUGUCCUGUUGGAGCGCUGACAUCAAAACCCUACGCUUUCACAGCCCGACCCUGGGAGACAAGAAAGACAGAAUCUAUUGAUGUGCUUGAUGCGGUGUGUUCUAAUAUCGUGGUGAGCACCAGAGGAGGAGAGGUAAUGAGGGUCCUGCCUCGUCUUAAUGAAGACGUCAAUGAGGAGUGGAUCUCGGACAAAACCAGGUUUGCGUAUGAUGGACUGAAGAGGCAGCGCCUGACCCACCCCAUGAUCAAGGAUGCCAGCGGUCAGCUGGUGCCCACUUCCUGGGAGGAUGUUCUCACACGUGUAGCUGGCGUGCUCCAGGGAGUCCAGGCCUCUGAGAUUGCAGCUAUUGCUGGUGGGUUGGUAGAUGCAGAGUCUCUGGUAGCCUUGAAAGACCUGCUGAACAAGCUGGACAGUGAAAUCCUCUGCACUGAGGAGAUCUUCCCUAUGGCUGGUGCUGGGACCGACCUGCGCUCUAAUUACCUGCUGAACACCCGUAUAGCUGGCAUUGAAGAGUGUGAUCUGCUGCUUCUGAUUGGAACAAACCCACGCUAUGAGGCUCCUCUCUUCAACGCACGCGUCCGCAAGAGUUGGCUCCAUAAUGAGUUGCAAGUCUCUGUGGUGGGUCAUCCAGUGGAUCUUAGCUACUCUUACAAUCAUCUGGGUGAUUCCACUCAGGUUCUGCAGGAGCUCGCUGCCGGAACCCACCCUUACUGCAAGGUGCUGGCCCAGGCCAAGCGGCCAGUAGUGGUGGUUGGAAGCUCCUGUCUCCAGAGGGUGGAUGGUGCUGCCAUCUUGAGUGCUGUAUCCACAAUUGCUCAGAAUGCCCGUGCCAGCAGUGGGGUUGAUGAGGGAUGGAAGGUCCUUAAUGUGCUGCACAGAGUGGCCAGUCAAGUAGCAGCACUGGAUCUGGGCUAUAAGCCUGGUGUGGAGGCAAUCAGGAGGAACCCCCCGAAAGUGCUGUUCCUGCUGGGAGCUGAUGCCGGCUGCAUUACUAAAGCAGACCUGCCCAAAGACACCUUCAUUAUCUAUCAGGGUCACCACGGUGAUGUGGGAGCCCCCAUGGCUGACGUCAUCCUGCCUGGUGCAGCAUACACAGAGAAGAAUGGCACAUAUGUAAAUACAGAGGGGCGCGCCCAGCAAACCAGAGUGGCAGUCACCCCACCUGGUAUGGCUCGCGAUGACUGGAAGAUCCUCCGAGCCAUCUCUGAGGUGGCUGGAGUCACUCUGCCCUACGAGACAUUAGACGAGGUGAGGAACAGACUGGCAGAGGUGGCCCCCAACCUGGUGCGUUAUGAUGACGUAGAGGAAGCAAACUACUUCAAACAGGCGAAUGAGCUUGCUAAGGCUGUGAAUCAGUCCCUGCUUGCAGAACCUCUUGUUCCUCCUCAGCUUUCAGUGAAAGAUUUCUACAUGACAGACUCCAUCAGCAGGGCCUCACAGACAAUGGCUAAGUGUGUAAAGGCAGUGACGGAGGGCGCAGCAGCAGUAGAGGAGCCUGCUAUCUGCUAAAACGCACACAUCCCUGUCCAUUACCAUGUGUUAAAACUGAACGAAUUUAAUGUUUGAUCCAGCCCACAGCUACAGCUGAGAAAUCUUGCUUUUAUUUAAAUACGCUAACAAGAAUGUUGUACGCAUGUCGUUCCCACACUGAGAUCGAGGGAGAACUGCUUUGUUAUCUAAAGCUCAUAAUGAAUAAAGUUAUAUGAUGUA